AUGUUUCGGCGUUGUCAGACUAAAGCGAAUAGUAAACAAACGAACAAUAAUGAAGACGCAGAAGAACAGUUUUGCUUAGUACGAUGGUCGAACACAGAAAAUUUCGAUAUUGUGCAAAUGAAUCAAAUUAAAUCGUCUCCAGAAUCGAUCAAAGUCUAUGAAACAUACACAAUACAACACAACGAUGCGCAACGCAAAGGAACGGUCAUUUUAAAAGGAACACGGCGAGAUUGUGAACAACUUCUGCAGAAUGUAACUUUCGGACAGCCAGCUGCUCGCAGCAAAGCUCAAUCAAUGAAAGAAUAUAGCAAUGAUGAAUACAAAACGGCAGUAGUCAAGCAACCACAUCCAGAGAGUGCUGAACAAGCAGCAUCGACUAUUCUUGCUGAAGUACAAGACGAAGAAAAAGACAAAAAGGGAAAUGAAAAAGAGGAGAAGGCCAUUCGUAAUGCAGUAUUGAUGAAAAUUUUACAACUAAUGCUUGCACAUGAGAACUCCGUAGAUGCUGAAAAUGGAGAGUUUCAUAGAGUACGUUUCUUUGCGUGUAGUUCUUCUCCUAUACGAACCGAUCGUUAUAAAUGUUUAAAUUGUGAAAGAGUCAAUCUGUGUUCGCGAUGUUUUGAACGUCGUCGUGAAUCAAAUCGUCAUAAAAGUGGCCAUGUCUUUGCUCAUUUCAAAAUACCCGGUGAAAUCUUCGGUAGAGAAGUUACUGAUGAUGAUGUCACACUAACUAAACUCAGGGAAUUCUAUAAAAAUGAUGUACAUGCUUCGAUUGUUUGUGAUGGAUGUGAUAUGGAAAUUAAAGGUUUAAGAUUUAAAUGUGAUACAUGUGCGAAUUAUGAUUUAUGUUAUCUAUGUUUCGAACAAGGUGCUGCCAGUGGAACACACGAAUCGACUCAUUCGCUUGUUGUUGUACCUGUUCAAGUAGUGCGUGAAAUUCCAGUUAAUGACAUUGAAUUAGGUGAUCAAUUGGGAAAAGGUGCAUUUGGUGCUGUCUACAAAGCUAAAUGGUUAUCGAAAAAUCGUCCGGUAGCGUGUAAAGUCAUUUUUGUACCUCCGACAAUGAAUGCCAAUACGCUUGAGAAGAGUUUCUUAAAAGAAAUUGCUGCUUACACAGAACUAUCCGGUGCUUAUAUUUUAAAAACAUACGGUUUCUCAACAUCAAAGAAUGAGAAAGUUUGGCUAGUUUAA